AUGGCCAGCACCACACAGCCGUGGCUCGAGGAUCUUUCUGAGGAAUGGGUCACGCAGCCCUCGCCAGAAACUCUUGCGCGCAACCAAGAGAGCCCGGCGGUUUCCCAGGCUAGCCAGAGCGCAGGAAAGGCCCGCAGUCGUCUCCCCCGCAUGCGCCAAUCCUCGGGCUCCUUCUCAGAGAUCCAAGUCCGCAACAUCGCAAAGGAGCUGCGCCCGCCAAAGCAACGCGGUGCCGGCCAUGAGCGCAGCCUCAGCGACUUGGCUGUCCCGACCACCUCGUCGCCGCAUGCGGCCCCACGCGACGUCUCGUUUUCCGACUUCUCCAUAUCGCAGGGCUCCGUCAUGCAAAAUGGCACCAUAGCACAGGACACCGUCGCACGGUCGCCAGUCAAGGCACGUGGGCCACAGGAUACACCGGAGUGGAGGCGGAGGCUGGUCAAUGGCAGUGGUGUGGGCUACGGCAACCAGACCGACCUCUUCGGCCCCACAGGCUUGGAGAACAUCUUCCAGAAGCCAGCCCCUGGCGCAUCUGAGGACUCAGCCCAACCGAAGCGCAGGCUUGGUUUGCUUAAGAGUCUCACCACCGUGCCGUCUAGCCCCCCGCCGUGGCCAGCCGUGCAGCAGGUCAAGGGCGCAGGCCAAGCAGCACAAAAGCACGAGCAGGUACAUCAUGCAGAUCAGGAGAAUCCUUCGCUGGACAACACAGAGCAAGAUCAAGGCACAUCGGUCUGCACCCAGGGACCAGGUCCACUGGAAGCGCGGACAGUGAGCGGCCAGAUUGAAUACGAAAACGAAAACUUCAGCCCUGUGUUUCUGACCAUGACUGCGAACAUGAACGUCAGCCAGUCCGCUAAGCCAGGCCCAAACUUCAGAGGAUCCGAGCUCGCCAACCGAUUACGACAGAUUGGAUCGCCGCCUCCCACUGUUGACCAGCCCUCUUACGACGAGAGCGCGUUAAGCUUCAGCCGUGAAGACUCAUCCCUGGCAAGGCUGCAGGAUGAAUCGCUGCCGGAAGGUCUUCCCACGGGCACGCCAGAUGUGGCUGAUGUUGGACGUCACGUGGAACUUCGAAGAGGCGGAUACUCUAGGGAAGGAUCUUUUCGUCGAAAGCCACUUAGUCCGUCGCCCGAGAGACCUGCUUCUGAAGCUUCAAACGGUCGUACAAGUACGGCACAAUCAAAACCUAGCGCAAAGCACCCUCUCCGAGAAAUCACCACAGACCCAACAACUCCCCAUCGAGGAGGACACGAACAGUUCCUAAGUCCAGACCGGGCGAAGAACUCCGGAAGUCCUCUCAAGCUAUUUGAUGCGCAUGACACCUACACGAGUAAUCGUAUCCAGCGGCGAUUGAGCCAGCUCGAAUACAAAUCCGAGAAGGCAUCUAGCGUCAAGGACGGCACAGCGGAGAGUACAAAAGUGGUACCUAAGACUUCAAGAUUGUCGUCAGUGGAAGAGAGGAGCAUGCAAAACAUUGACCAGUAUCUUCCAACACAACUCCACCGAAAAACGCCCUACAGGGUCGGUUCUUUCGGCGAAGGACAGCUUAACCAGUACCAGUUCUCGGGGGACUUUUCUGCUAUUUCGUCCGAUGAGGAUUGCCACGAUGAUACCGCACCAGACGAGUCACCAUCAACAGAUGUUGCACCACCUGGAAGUCGGCAACCCUUCAAAUUCCAUCUGGAAGAAUCACCAGCCCAGCGGACAUCCUCAAAAGCCAGAAGACAAGUGUCCAGUCACGGAGGGGACUCGAUAAGAAUCACCAGUCGACCGAAAUUUGUACCACACCGGAAGGUCACAACUCCCAAUAUUGAAGAGGAUUCAGAGCUCGCCCAUGAGUAUACCGAGGGGAAGAGAGGUCCGACGUCACCGUUCAAGAACCCGACGCCAAAGCGUAGAAGGACAAUCUGUUCUGUAGAAGACGACGGGGGCGACGAUGGAGAUGUCUUCAACGAUGACGACGCAGGCACCAUAAAACGCUCGCACGCAGCCAUACAAGCCGUGGUUAGUCACCACAAAGACGCUGGCCAUGACCCUUUCAACCCCGUCGCCACUUCAGAAACGCUAGCGCGGAGACACAUUCUAAGGCCCCGCAACCCCACACCUAGCCAGCGAAGGCGCGAGGAGAUCCAAGCAGAGAUCAUGGAGGCUACCGAAGCAUUCAUCAUGUCCUCACCAAAGCUCAACACUAUUCGUGAGCAGCUAGAACCGUCAAUGCUCUCAGAUACCGACAACGAAAGGGACCGAGCAAAGGCAGUUGCCAACCAGAUUGCCGCUUUUAGUAUGAGGAGGCAGAAUGGAUCGCGAGAUAAGACCCGCAAACGUUCUGUUACUACACAAGACUUCCUGGACGAGGCACUGAAAAUCAUGGACUUUAUCCGCACAAAAGGUCGCCCAACCAGUGGACUAGGCAGUCUCGAAGAAACGGAGGCUGAAACCGAGCUCAUCCAGGAGCGCAAUGACCCCUCUUCUAAUGUGUUGACAUUUGAUAGGCCCCCAAGCAAAGAGGGGCGCCCUUCGACGUGGAAGGAACCCAACAAGCAGGAAAUGGACGCAAAAAUCAUGAACCAUCUUCGUAAAUAUCAAGAGCACGAAAAUGACACAUUCCUCAACUCGUCCGUAAACUCUAUCCGCGUUUCACGCCUAGGUGGAUCGGCCAUUCCCGGAGAAAGCAUAGUUAUUGAGCAAAACGACAUUAGGAUCACGGACAACCGGAACAGGCAUCGGGACGACCACGAAGACGAAGACAACCAGCUGAACUCUCCACAACAUACGGCAGAUACCCAUCGGUCGCGGUGCUCAUCAUUUGGACAAACAGUAGUUACAAACGCCUCUCGCCGUUCGGAUCAUGUCGCUACCCUUGCACCUGAAGCGGUCGCCCAUCUUAUUCCGCCAGAAGUAGCUGGGAUGAGCUUUGACCGUGACAAGAAUGUCUGGGUUCGUCAAAAGUCUCCAUCCAGGCAGCAACGUCGCGAGGAGCACCCUAGCGGCAUGAAUGAGAGCGAAGAUGAUCCUUUUGGCAAUAUUCCUGAUUUGACUGUGGAAGACACGUAUGAUCAGGAUGCCAAGACAGGCUCACCAGUUCGUCUGCAGCCGACAGCAGAGACUAUUCUUGAGGACACCGAAAAACCAGAGUCUGACGAAGAAGCGCGCCCGUCAACCCGUGAGGGCAAUGGCGUCGCCUAUACAGAUACAAGCUCCGCGCCUUCAAAGGCUUCCAAUUUUGGGUGGAGUUAUCCUCGCCCUGACACGCGGGCUACUUCCUGGAGCACACAAGCGCCACGGAACUUGAGUACCAAAAUAGCACACGCACCUACCACUUAUGCCAUUCCAGAGUCUGAUGAAGAGGACGUCGAGCACGAGAUCCAAUACUUUGAGGGAAGAGACCGUGCUCCUCCGAGCGUACAACGUCCGCGGGUGCGUGACAUUACGAUUUCGAUCGCAGAGCGAGAAGUUCCCAACCUAGAACCACAGCCCGAGAAACCACAGCAGAAGCUUCGCCAGAAUGAGUGGGGGCCGUCAAGUGCUCAAAAGCGAUCGGAGAAGAAGCAGUCAACUUGGAAGCAGAUGAACGGCACCAGAAGCUCUUUCGCAUGGACCACCCAGCCGCCUACCUGUCUUCAACGGAGAUGGCGACUUGUCACUGUUGGACGAUGCUCCUUCAAGAAAUUAUCGGAUGCAGCUCUCGAUGAAUGUUUCUGCACCUCCCUUGCGAAAUGUGACCUGCCCGAGUUCACGCUCAAUCAGAUCGACGAAUUUGAUCUUCCAGAUCGGGUGGUCGUCAAACACGAUGGUAGUCGGUUCUCGAAAGCCUUGGAAGAUCGCUAUGCGCAAGGUACUGCGGAGUUAGUCAAGGCACUUCAAGAUGUGGAACCAGACGAGCCGUAUUGGGAAGAUCUUCGUAACGUCAGUCUCCGUAAGAAGGACCUCAGUAGCUUACAUCGUCUUGACGAGCUGUGCUACCAACUUGAAGAGCUUGACGUUUCAGACAACAAGAUCAAUCAAGUGGAUGGCAUACCGUACUCCAUGAGACGUUUGGCGGCACAAAACAACUGUCUAACCGGGCUUACUUCUUGGACCACUCUCGUCAACCUUCAACACCUUGACAUAUCUGGCAACGACAUUGAUGCACUGGACGGGCUCGCUGAGCUGGUGCAUCUCCGGAUUCUGAAGGCUGACAACAACAAAAUCAAGUCUCUCGAAGGCAUUCUGCAUCUUGAUGGCCUGAUGGAACUGAGCAUUGGUCGCAACGAGAUUGACAUUGUUGACUUUUCUCGGUCAAACCUGAAAUCUCUCACAGACUUGGACCUGCGAAAGAACCAGUUGCUCGAAGUUCGGAACCUACAUUGCCUACCGCAGCUUCAGCACCUCAAUCUUGAUGACAACGAGAUCGACGAAUUCCCUGUUGUUGACACACCACUGAAGCCCUGCAAGGUCCUACGGUCGAUCCGUCUCUGUCGAAACAGAACUACACACCUCGAUGUCGAAAAAUACUUCCCAAAACUCGAGUCGCUCUACAUUGAUGGCAAUGCGUUGACGCAGGUGUCAGGUCUAGAGCAUCUUCGACACUUGCGGACCUUUUCAGCCCGGGAACAGGUGCUGGAAUCCGAGUCAGACAUGGAGAUGUGUGCUAGCAACCUGGUUAGGAACACGGAAGUGCGCAACCUAUACCUCUCACUCAACCCCACAUACGGCCUGCACAUCUCGCAGCAUUUGUUGAGCCUUCAAAGGUUAGAAUUGGCAUCAAUGGGCCUCAAGGAACUACCGACCAACUUUGGUCAGCUCACACCAAACCUCCGGUCGGUUAACCUCAACUUCAACUCUCUUACCGAUCUCCGACCGCUCCUUAACAUUAAGCGACUGAGCGAGCUUUUAUUGGUUGGUAACAAGCUUGAACGACUGCGCGCGAACGCAAUGGUCCUGGGCAAGUUGGGCACUCUUCAUAAGCUAGACUGGCGGGAUAACCCGCUCACGCUGCGCUUUUAUGCCCCUGCGUCUGAGAACAGAAUCAUGUCACUUAGGCAGAAACCCUCGGAAGAACAGUUGAGGAACCGCUUCGUCAUGCCCGAUGGAGAAGUUGAGGCAGACGUUCAGCACCUUCUACGGCUGGACUAUGAGACCCGCAUUAGGCGACGUGUCACUGAGAUGAUGCUUGCUAAUCUAUGCAAAAGCCUAAAGGAGCUGGAUGGAUUACCAUUUGACAAGGCGCGCGUGCUUGUCAAGGAUGAUGUUUGGGAGCGUCUCUUGUUCCUCGGCGUUAUACAGCGCAAGCGGGCAGAUACAGCUGUCGAAACUGAGUAAUGAAAUGGUGUGAGAGUGGUGCGACGUGAGCACGCACAUAUCGCAUGCAAUUACAUAUGCAUACGUAGGAGCUUGGGAAAAUGGCGCGCCUUCAUGUAACAAAAAUCUGGGUUUAGCGUUUUCCUGGAGUUGGGUUGUUGUACUACUGGUCUGCUGGCACCAUGGAGUUGGAUGGCAUUCUUGUUUGGAGCGGGAUAUUUGGUAUCUGAGCAUCUUUAGGCGCAUAUACUUAGGUGCGGCUUGCGACGAGCUUCGUUGUUCGAGCGCGGAGCCAGGUUUAU